AUUUAACUUUAGCAGCGGCUGGACAUACCAUGCCUCAGAGAAAAAUAUGAAUUACAUCGAAGCAGAGAAAUGGUGUAAAACCCAUUUUACAAAUCUGGUUGCUAUUCAGAAUAAAGAGGAAAUUCACUACUUAAAUGCAACAUUUCCUAGAAAUUCAAAUUAUUACUGGAUUGGUAUCCGAAAAAUUGAGAAUGAAUGGAGAUGGGUGGGAACAAAUAAGCAACUGACCGAAGAAGCUAAAAACUGGGCUGAAGGUGAACCAAACAAUGGAAAAAACAAUGAGGACUGUGUCGAGAUCUAUAUAAAACGAACAAAAGAUUCAGGAAAGUGGAAUGAUGAACCAUGUUAUAAAACUAAAAGAGCUUUGUGCUAUACUGCCUCUUGUACCCCAAAUUCCUGCAGUGGUUGUGGAGAAUGUAUAGAGACAAUUAACAAUUACACCUGCCAGUGCAACAAAGGGUUCUAUGGACGUGACUGUGAACAUGUAAUCACUUGCAAUCAACUGGAAGACCCAGAUCAUGGUAUCUUUACAUGCAAACAUCCAAUACAGGAUUUUGGCUUUAAUUCUUCUUGUGAUGUUCAAUGCAAGGAAGGUUACAAACCGACUGAGAUGGAAUCAAUAACAUGUACAGAUUCUGGAAAAUGGUCUGCACCAUCUCCCUCCUGUAAAGUUGUGGAAUGCCACGCACUACAGAAGCCUGCACACGGUGUGUUCAACUGCUCCAACCCUUUUGGAAAUUAUGCCUGGAAUUCAUCUUGCAAUUUUUCUUGCAAAGAAGGUUUCGUUUUGAAAGGCUCUGAUAUGCUCCGGUGUGGUGCAUCAGGGGAAUGGGAUGGACAGGAGCCCACAUGUGAAGCAGUGAAAUGUCCAGCAGUUCGUCAAUCGGAAGGAAGCCUUCUGAAUUGUUCCCAUCAUGGUACAGAACUGAUGUAUAAGUCAACCUGUGAUUUUGCUUGUGCAAAGGGUUACACUUUAAGAGGAUCACCCCAGAUUCAGUGCUUAUCAGAUGGACACUGGAGUCAGCCAAUUCCUGUUUGUGAAGCUGUGCAUUGCAGUGAACUACAGCCUCCAGCUAAUGGCUCCUUGAGCUGCUCUGGUCCUUAUGGAAACUCUGCCUGGAAUUCAACCUGCAAGUUUGCUUGUGAAGAAGGAUUUAAACUGAAUGGAUCCAGGGAACUCCAAUGUGAUGCUUCUGGAAACUGGGAUGCGUCACAGCCAGAAUGUGAAGCGGUGAAAUGUCCAGCAGUUCGUCAAUCGGAAGGAAGCCUUCUGAAUUGUUCCCAUCAUGGUACAGAACUGAUGUAUAAGUCAACCUGUGAUUUUGCUUGUGCAAAGGGUUACACUUUAAGAGGAUCACCCCAGAUUCAGUGCUUAUCAGAUGGACACUGGAGUCAGCCAAUUCCUGUUUGUGAAGGUUCUUCAACACUUGGGAAAUUCGUAGCAAUUGGUACAUCAGUCUCCGGGUUUUCUGUCCUAUCAAUAGUAUCAUUCAUUAUCUGGCUCCAAAAACGUCUUCAAAGGAAAAGUAAGACAUUUUCACAAUCAAUUGUUUAA